AUGUUGGUCAAAAGCCUCCAGGCGGCCGAACACGUGAGUCACAUUGACCAAACCUCCCAGAUACUCAGAAAGUAUAACAUGAAGCUGAACCCCCUCAAGUGCACAUUCGGAGUGACAUCAGGCCAGUUCUUGGGAUACAUUGUAAAUCAGAGAGGAAUUGAGGCAAAUCCGGCAAAGCAAGGAAAGAGAUUCCAAUGGACUUCGCAGUGCCAAGAAGCCUUCGAGUCUCUGAAGAAACACCUCGGGGAAGCACCCCUCCUGUCGAAACCCCAGUCGGAUGAGUCUCUAUUGCUGUAUCUAGCAAUUUUAGACGUGGCAGUCAACGCGGUCCUAACUAGGAAAGAAAAUGAGCGUCAAUUGCCGGUGUAUUACAUCAGCAAAGCACUUCUCCCAACUGAAACACGCUACUCCGACAUGGAAAAACUGGAACUCGCACUUAUCAUAGCCUCAAGAAAGCUGAGGCCAUAUUUCCAAGCCCACUCAGUACAAGUCCUCACCAAUUUUCCUUUAAGGCAAGUGAUGCAGAAAACAGACGCGUCGGGACGCCUGCUGAAAUGGGCUAUUGAGCUCAGCGAGUUCGAUCUCACGUUCCGACCUAGAGGCGCUAUCAAGGGCCAGGCCCUUGUCGAUUUUAUGGUCGAGUUUACCAAAGCCCCAGAAAUGGAGGACAUAAUGGAACCGACCGAGCCCCCCACAUGGAAAUUGUUUGUAGAUGGGUCUUCAGGAGAGGCUGGCGUGGGGGCAGGAAUCGUGUUGGAGAGCCCGGAAGGCCAUUUGCUAAAUUGUGCUGUAAGAUUCGGCUUCAGAGCCUCGAACAGCGCGGCCGAAUAUGAGGCCCUUCUGGCACGUCUAAGGCUCGCUAAGGAAAUGCAGGUCAGGAAGCUCCUAGCAAGCAGUGAUUCUCAGCUCGUGGUAAAUCAGGUAAAUGAGGAUUUCGCAGCCAAAGAUGGUAACAUGCUUGCAUACUUGAAGCUGGUUCUGGACAUAAUUCCCCAUUUCGAAAGGUUCGAACUGACUCAAGUCCCCCGUCUAGAAAAUGCCCAUGCAGAUGCCCUCUCAAAGUUAGCCAGCAGCAUGGACUCAGAGCUUCUAAGCAUCGUCCCCAUUGAGCACUUAUCGAAGCCCUCCACCUUCGCAGGCGAAGAGUUACUGUGGAUAGAAGGCACCCCAUUUUGGAUGCAGCCCAUAAAAGCGUAUCUGAAGGAGCAAACACUGCCCGCUUCCAGAGGCGAAGCAAAUGGACAGGUUGAAGCAGUGAACAAGACUAUCAAGCACACCCUGAAAAGGAAACUGGAUGCCUCAAAAGGCACCUGGGUUGACGAACUCCCCCACAUCCUCUGGGCCAUCAGAACAACUUGCCGGACUGCAACCAGCGAAACCCCAUUUUCCAUGACCUACGGAGCCGAAGCAAUGAGUCCGGUCGAAGUUGGGAUCCUAUCACAUCGACGGAUACAUUUCAAUGAGAUCGGCAACGACGAGGCACGAAUAAGUGAACUGCACCUCCUUGAGGAAAAGAGAGAUACUUCCCAAAUGACCUUGGCAAAAUAUCAUCGCAAGAUGACCCGCUUUUACAACUCCAAGGAGUUUUUGGCCCGAACUGGGAAGGCCCUUACCGCAUUCGAGGAGAAUCCCGACCUGGUACCUACGAGUCGAAGAUAUGUCAGGAAGGAUGCUACCUCACAAGUGGAACAUCGAGCACUUGAGAAAAUACUACCAGGUGGUGUAAUUUAUCUUAGUAAUGAAUUUCCAGUUCCAAACCAGAUCAGCUAG